CCAAACAAAAUAAACACUUCUUUGAGAUCACACGUUUACUUUAUAUAUGUUAGUACCAUAAAGUAGUCGCAGAUCACUGAUCAGGCUCGUGGCGGCUGGUUUAGCCGGUGGUUCAUUCGUUAAAGCUGUUUUCGCCGAAGCUAUUCCGAUCAAAGUUGGUCCUCCUCCACUUCCUUCCGGUGGCCUACCUGGAACAGAUAACUCAGACCAAGCAAGAGAUUUUUCAUUGGCAUUAAAAGACAGAUUUUACAUACAACCAUUGUUGUCACCAACAGAAGCUGCAGCUAGAGCCAAAGAAUAUGCUAAAGAGAUCAUUAGCGUAAAGUCACUGAUCCACAAAAAAGUUUGGCCUUACGUUCAGAACAAUCUCCGUUUAAGAGCAUCGUACAUUCGUUACGAUCUUAACACCGUUAUCUCCGCUAAGCCUAAGCACUAGACGAUCUAUUACUCUGCCCAAGAUUUAUUCUCAGAGGAGAGAUAUGUACCACUACUUAGGUUAUGAUCCCAUUCAUGGUGAUUACAAAGUUUUGUGUAUGACUAAAGGAAUGAAUAUUGGUUGGCGACGUGGUUUAGCUGAGGACCUUCGGGUUUUGACAUUGGGAAAUGGGAGCUCUUGGAGGAUGAUUGAAGAUUUCCCUCCUCACGCUCCUGCGUCUCUUGAUCUAUGCAUUGAUGGUGUGAAGCUUCUCUUGACACAUAUCCGGCUUUUCUCGACAAAGAUAAAGCAGUCAUGUGUUUUGAUGUUAGGUGAGUUUGUUUUGGCACCAGAAACAAUGUUUCAUGAACCACCAUUUUAUGUUCUCUAUUAUGAUCCCAAGAAAAAUGCUGUGAGCAGAGUCUUCAUAGAAGGAAUCACGGAACUAAAGCUUUUACGGUGGGAUAGCCAUUUGAACCGUAGUGUAAUCUCUAUCUUCCCUGGUCAGGUUGAGAACCUCAUGUUUCUCUAAAGACUGCUCGCUCGUUGUUCAAUAGCUAGAAGACGGUAGUUUCACGGUUUUCGUGAUCAUCAUCAUGGAAGCGUUUGUUCUUAAUUCAGUUGUAGUUUAGUUUCGUCUUGUUACUUGGGAUGUUACAUGAUAUAUCUUUCUCUGUGUCUUGAACUUGUGUAUUACUCUCUUAAGUUUCUUUCUCGUAAUCCAAGUCCAUGGCAUCAAUAAUGUUUCUAGAAGGGA